UUGGUGGCUAGGGUUAGGGUUCUUGGAGAAGCUACUACUGCGGCGCGCGCGCUCUCGCUGAUCUUGCAAGAGCAAGCAUGGGGCGCGUUAGAACCAAGACUGUGAAGAAGGCAUCGAGGGUCAUCAUCGAGAGGUACUACUCUCGGAUGACCCUGGAUUUCCAGACCAACAAGAAGAUCGCCGAGGAAGUAGCGAUCAUCCCGUCCAAGCGCCUGCGCAACAAGAUCGCUGGAUUCGCCACUCAUUUGAUGAGGAGGAUCCAAAAGGGGCCAGUGCGCGGCAUCUCGCUCAAGCUCCAGGAGGAGGAGCGCGAGCGCCGUAUGGAUUUCGUGCCCGAGGAGUCGGAAAUCAAGACCGACGUGAUCGAGGUUGACAAGGAGACGCAAGAUCUUCUCCACUCUCUGGGCAUGGGAACGCUCCCUGGAGUUGUCCAAGUAAGCUUUUCCUUCGAUCUCUUCGUUUUUUCUUCGAUCUUUUGGUUUUCUCAAACGAUCGAUUCAUUCGUAGGCUGCCACCACCGGCGGCGCGGGCGCUACCGCCGCUCCGGGAGGAUUCUACUACCAACAGAACCAGGGAAACAAGCGAGCUUGAAAAUCUCAUGUAAAACCUCGCAAGAAAGAAUUUUGGGGACUCCAUUUUCGAGUGUUCGCAGCUUGGGGUUUAUCUAGGGCUUUAGGAAUCAUCCACCAUGGCGGCCAUGGCGAUCGCGCCCACGACCGCGAUGGCCAAGGGCGGCCCCUCCACAUUCGCGGCGCCCAAGAGGAAGCUGAGCGCCAAGGAGCUCUCCCGGACCAUCUUCCGCCGCAAGCCCAUGGAGCAGAUCUACGCGAUUCGGGUGGAGCGCGGCGCGAGCGAGCGGCGGCUCGAGGAGCUGGGCGUGGCGGAUUGGUCGCGCUGGAAAUCGGGCGAGUGCGGCUAUCUCUGGGAUUGGAUCGUGGACGAGUGGGUCUACAUUGUGAGCGGCAGCCUGCUCGUCCGCCCCGUCAAUAGCGAUCUCAGCGGCGAGUACUUCGCGGGCGAUCUGGUGAGGUUUCCCAAGUGGUUUGACGCGCAGCUCUUCUUCCGGGGGGAUUACGAGCAGCGCUACCGGUUCGUGGCUUAUGGCGACAACGAGCUGGACUGACGGAUAUUCGCUGGAAUCUUUCAAGAGCCCUAAUCUUAACUCCCGCCGUCUAGUGUUUUAAGUUUAAAAAAGUGUUGCUCUAAUUUCCAGUGAAGUCAAAGAAGCUUUUCUUGUC